AUGAAAGAAGCUCCAGUAGAACAAGAAAAUAUAGAAAUUAGCAAAGUGAAAUCUUUAAGUGAAUUAUUCAUGAAUGAAUCAAGACCUCAUUUGGAACUAUCAGAGUUUUCUGGAAGAGGAAUCGAGUAUUUAUUUGAAAUUAGUGAAAAGAGAUUUAUUCCAUGGAGAAGUAUUGCUGCUGUGGUUACCAUUGCUGCUGUUCAAAUGGCAGUGGGUGGAAUUCUUAUAACAACUGGAUUUGGUGCUACGGUAGGAUUGGGUCUAAUAACUGAAGGAGCAGCAGAUUUGUUCACUGCUUACCGAGCCUAUAGUACGAGACAAUUCAGUUGGUCAGAUUAUGGAAAGCAAAAAGCAGUAAGUCUUAUUAUUUCAGCAACUUCAAUGGGAUUCUCAGCCAUCAAAGAUGCAGGUAAAGGAAUUCAAACUUUAGUGACAGGUGUAGGAGAAGAAAUACUUGAACAAGCUGGUACAAAAGUAAUAACAGAUGGUAAAGCCGUAAGCCAAGUGUUAGUUAUGACUGGAAAAAAUUUAAAAAGCCUAGCUAUUAAACAAAUCGGAGUAACAGUUGGUGAAAAUGCAUUAAGGGAAGGCUUAACUAAAGUUGCAGAUUUUAGCUCGCAUUUUGUCUUAGAACAAUUGAAGCCACAAGUUUCAGCAUUAAUACAAAGUAAAGUUAGUAGUAAGUUUUCUGAACCUAAAUUACUAAAAAUAGUGCGUAAAAUGUAUGCGAUUGACUCAUUUAUUAAACAACAACAAUUUAAAGAUAAAAUAAAUAAAUUAGUAGCUGAAAUCAUUAAUCCCGAACAUAAUUUCUGGCGUAAACAGUGGGAUUCUAUUGGUGGUCCAUUAUGCAAAGGUCUUUUAUCAAGUUCACAACACGUAGGUGGCCCAUUUAGCAUGGGUAUGAGAAUAGUUGGUACCCUAAAUGGAAUGUAUCAAAUUACUUUUAUUAUUGACAAAGUUCAUGAUCAACUUCUAGAGAAACUUUCACAAAUUGAUCGAGAGAUUUUGUCAAUAGAUCAGAUUGUACAUCGCUAUUGUGGAGUCAGAAAAGAAGAUACCUACGAAAUUGUAAGUCUUCUUCAAAAACAAGGAAUAUUAGAUACAAAUAAAGAAUUCAAUAUUGAAAAUUUAAUUUCUACAGAUCUGCGUAUAUUGGAUAUGUAUCAAGACAAGGUUGUAAACUUUUUAAAGUCAUUAGAUAGUGUAGAAUUCAAUGAUUUGAGUGAAAUAAUGAAAUCAACAUCAGAUAUGAUUACCGAGCAAGUAUUUAGAAUUACAGAGUCUCAACUUAUUUCACCAUGGAGUAGUUAUGGUAUGGGUGAACUGACGAAAGCUAUUUCAGAAAGAGUACAACAUCAUUUUAUUGUUGAUGAAAAACAAAAUGCUGAUAGUCAAAAUAGAGAAAAUCAAGAAAAAGGUGAGAGUAAAUACAAUACGAUUGCAAAACAAAUUCAAUACAAUGCCAGAGAUUAUACGAUUGCAUAUAGUCAAUGUGAGAUUAUUCAUUAUGCGCAGCAAAAAGAUAGAACUAAUCAUGGAAAAAUAGAUAAAAGAACAAGAGAUUAUGCUGAUAAUGUUAGAAAAAAUCAAUCAGCAAACCUUUCUGAUAUGAUAGCACUUGCUGCUGAACACAAUUUAGACCUAAAAUUAGUAGAUGAUCCUAAUUAUCAACCUACAGAAGAAGAUAAGGUAAAAGGUACGAAUAUUGUAGUGGGGUGUGGGUGGGUGUGGGUGAGGGUGUGGGUGUGGGGUGUGGGUGUGGGGUGUGGGUGUGCGCGUGAUUAAACCGGUUCCACACCCACAUCGUCACACCCACACCCACAUCCACACACCCACACCCACACCCACACCCACACUACACAUCCACCCACACCCAUCCCACGCCCACACCCACCCACACCCACACCCACACACCCACACCUACACCCACACCCCACACCCACACUCCACAUCCACUCACACCCCACACCCACCUCACACCCACGCCCACACCCUCCCACACACCCACACCCACACCCACCAAAACUUUUUAGAAAAAACCUUAUUUUCUCCUAUGAGAGGUUCAGAAAAGCCUGUACAAUAUCCUUAAAUCUCAUCAUAAAAUCAAUAAACUAUAGUGCAUUCGAAAGUAGACACUUAGCUCUAUCUAACCAGCUAUAAAUCACAAAAUCGACAAGUUUCACCAAAAUUGACAUUUUUUGGGAGAGGGGCCCCCUUAAGGCGGAGACCAUGUCUUAAGAAGGCUAAUUGAGGCGUAUGAAAAAUGUCGUUUAGAGACUUCGAACUUUCCUUGUUUUCAUCUUGCCUCUAACUCGUUCUUGACAAGAAUGAGGUCCGCCACGUGGUACACUGCGAUUUAAACGAGAGACGAUGUCUGAAAAAGACUUUUUGAGAUACAUUUUAACCGUCUUUUUAGGACUUCGAAAUUUUCUUUCAUAUUACCUUAACUGUGACUCGUGACUGAUCAGAAUGAAAUCUAGGGUGUCGUGCAGUGUUAUAUAUAGAGGAGGUCAUAUGUCAACAACAAAGGCAAUUGAAAUUGGUGAUUGUAUUGAAUAUGAUAAUAGAUUUCCAUUUGCACUGAGUUUUAUGUGAUUACUAGCGAGAAAUGGUAGGUGGGUGUGUGGGUGGGUGUGGGUUCAUUUUUUCUAAUCCGUAGUCACACCGACACACACACCCACACCCACACUCAAAUCAUAUUGAAGUACGAUAUAGAGAAUAAGCGUUUAUUUACAGCACAUACUUUCAGCUGAAGCUACUACGAGUUCAUAGUUGGUCUCCACUGUCAGCGACACUCCUCUGAUGCUUAAAACAGUUUGUGAAACGUUUUUUUUAGCAUAGAUUAAAAACUGUCCAAAAGGUGAUGUUUGCCAAAAUUCUGUAAGAUAUACCUUUGAUAAAUAAACAAAAGUAUAAAAUGUUAAUCCCAAAGACGUAUUACUUAAUAGUAGCAUCGCUUUCUCUGUGAAAUACACUGCCAUGGAAUUUGGUCGUGAACAAUUCAUCCAUCUCUCAAAUAUAAAAUAGGGAGUAGUUGUUGAACAAACGAGUAUUAUUGGAACAAAAAAAUCAUAAUGUUUUGAUGCAAUUAAAAUUAAUGAUGAACGAAAUGAUUCAUUGUUGACUAAGCUAAGACGAUGUUCAAUGAGAUGCUUAAAUAUAACUACACAUGCAAUUGUGAAUGAAAAUAGUGGAACUAUAUAAUUAAUAUAUUCGAAUAUUACAUACAAUGUAUAAGCAAUUGAUGUUAAAUUCAAUAAACAAACAUUAUGUGGAUAAUAAUUAAAAUCUUUUUGACCAAGUAAAAUUAGUAAUAGAUUUGUUAAUGGUAUUAACAGAUAAAGUAAUAUGGAAGAAAUUAAUGAACGUCGCCUUGAAUCAUAAAGAUUAACAAAUGAAUAUUCAAUAAGAACACGCUCAACAGCAAUGUAUAAGAAAAGCCAAAAGAGACAGAAACGUAACGAACUUAAAAGUAGUGUAUUAAGUACAUCAUAUAUUAAAUGAUUCAAUUGUGAUGGGUUUUUACAAUUAAAAGCUAAAUGGAUAACUGCAAUUUGGAUUUCUGUAAUACUAGCAAUCACACCAGUUAAGGAAAACAAGAUUAAGUAUAUUCCAAGAUUUGUUAUACGGAUUUUUUUAGAAAACAGAAAUACUUGUAGUGAUAAUAGAUUACUUGCGAAUGCUAUUAUACCAAGCAAACCAUAUAUAAUUAUUUCGAUGUCUAUAGUAUCAGUACAAUUUUUUAUAUUUUCUUCUGAUAUGUUAUAGAUCGAAAUGUUUUUUGAAUGUUUUUCCAUUUGACAUAAAUCACCAGUAAAACAUUUAUUGCAAUAUCAUGCUGUUAUUGUAUGAUUGGCUAAAAGAAAGCAUUUGUCAUUAUUUUGAAAAACAUUUUUUGAACAUGAAAUGGUUAAAUCGUCCAUGACGCAAAAAAAAACACUCUACCGAAUAGCGUGCAUCACAUUAGAUAUUUAUAGUACAGUAGCCAAGUCGAAAUAUUUUUCUCUUGCGUUCUGCGCUGUAUAUCGUUGGAAAUUUCCCACGACAUACAGGUGACUAAUUAAUUAUAUAGAAAA